CCCACCGGGCCAAUUGAUGCAACUUCAUGCGACUAUGAAACUGUAGAAGACUCUAACAACCAGCUUCAAGAUAGCCUUCAGAAUCUUCUUCAAUUGCCGUUUUUCAAGUAUCUGCAGAUAGAUUUAUAUCGUGGUUGUCCCUUCUGGGAGGACGAUGCAACGUGUACGGAAUCUACGUGCUCAAUUGUGAACGUCGACGAGAGCAAGAUACCUGCAGAAUGGAGAACCAAAGCUCUCAGUAAAGUUGAUCCUGUCGGUGAAAACGUGAAGCUUGGUGGAUGUUACUACCGCGACUCGGACUUCUGCUUCCUCGAAGAUCCUCAAUUAGGAGAAUACUACGACUUGACCACCAUCCCAGAACGUUACACUGGUUAUACCGGUUCAAGCCCUCACCAAAUAUGGCGUGCCAUAUACGAAGAGAACUGUUUUACGCCUCGACGCUCCGAUGCCACGUUGCAAGACGACGAGGAACAGUGUUUGGAAGAGAAGGUUUAUAACAAGGUCAUUUCAGGCCUUCACGCUUCAAUCUCAACGCAUAUUUGUCUUGAUUAUCUCAAUCAAACUACUGGAGAAUGGGGUCCUGAUGUUCAAUGUUAUAUCACACGAGUAGCCUCCCACCCCGAGCGUCUAGAGUACAUCUACUUUAAUACUGUUCUCCUUCUCCGGGCCAUCUCCCGAAUGACUCCGUAUCUGGAACAAUACGACUACUUCCAUGGCACCUCUGACACGCAAAUUGAUGAGGCUAAACGGAACCUGGAGAAGGUCGUUGAUAUUGCCCGGCGGGUUGGUAGAUUCGACGAAAGUCAAAUGUUUACUGGUCUUGCUGCGAUUGCUCUUCGAGAGGAUUUCAAGGCGCAUUUCCGGAACGUUUCUCGGAUAAUGGACUGCAUUGAAUGCGACCAGUGCCGACUCUGGGGCAAGGUGCAAACGGCAGGUCUCGCCACGGCCAUGAAAAUACUUUUCGAACUCGAUGAUAAUGUUUUUAGCUUUGCAGCAAAUUCUUCUGUGGAAACGAUCAUUCAAAGAUCUGAACUCGCUGCACUGUUCAACACCGCGAAUAGGUUUAGUGAAAGCAUACAAGCUGCCGUUCGGUUCCUGUCGAUGGCCCGACCUGAUAAUGCUGAGCCCUCAGAUCAUGUGGAUACCAUUCGUUUCGUUGAAAAAGAUUCGGAUGCUGACAAUUCCAUCGACACGAAUGUGAGCGCUUGUUCAUUCGUACCACUGAGUGGGCUGAACCUCUUCCUAUAA